AUGGUGUCAUUCUCCACAUGGGAGGAAGAAAGCCCACACCCACAGCAGGAUUAUUCAAUUCAUCUUGAUUCAUCAUAUGCUUCUGUACGAAAUCCUUUCUCAGAAAAGAAGUGGAAAAAAUUCCAAUUAUCCAGUUUAUUUGGUACCUCAAAUGCUGCAAUCAAGUUGCAUUUAAUAGAUGUGAACUUGCAUCAAGGAGGAAUUAGAGUUGUUGACCAAUGGCUCAUUGUGCUUAGCCUGGGUUCGGGGCAAACAAGAAAUUUGGCUCUUGAUAGGACACAUAUACUGACAUGGAUACAUAUUGUUUGA